AUGACAAAGAGUCUGUCAGCUGAAACCUAUCAAAAAAAUGCCGCGUUUGUUCCUUUACUAACAAAGGAAAUCGUAAAAAAACUAGCUUUAUCACCCCAAGAUGUUGUUCUUGACUUGGGAUGUGGGGAUGGAGUAUUAACUCAAAAUUUGGCAUCGCAGUGUAAACAUAUUACUGGCAUUGAUUCAAGUCCAUCUAUGGUUCAAUCUGCAAAGCAAAAAGGAUUGGAAGCCUAUGUAGUUGCAGGGGAAAAGCUUGCCAGUGCAACUGAAUUUCCAUCGGAAGGGUAUGACGCCGUUUUUAGUAAUGCUGCCUUGCAUUGGAUUCUUCGAAAUCCAGAACAAAGAAGCACUGUUUUUCAAGGAGUAGCUCGUGUUCUUCGUCCAGGUGGUCGUUUUGUUGCAGAAUGCGGAGCUUUUGGUAAUGUUUCAGAAGUGUUAUCCAGCAUAUAUACUGUACUAUUAGACCAUGGAAUUCCUAAAGAACGAAUUGAUGAAGCUAACCCUUGGUAUUUUGGAACUGAACAAGCCUAUACGUCGAUGUUGAAUGAAGCUGGGUUUGAGAUCACUUUUAUUGAAAACGUGACUCGGCCAACUUACUUGGAUCGUGAUGUUCGCCAAUGGUUAGACACAUUUGCGCACAAUUUCUAUGAAGCAUUUCCCCAUUUGAAGGAAACCCUUCGAGAACGUGUUUAUCAAGCCUUGCUUUGGGUGGAUUGCACAGAAACCGGAGAUUGGUACUUGCAGUAUCGCCGUUUGCGUUUUGUUGCAAAAAAGAAAUGA